ACAAAGUCCGUUCUGUGAGGGGGUGUUCAGUAACGAUGGCUACUUUUUUUUUUACUAAACCGCGUCCGGUGAGCAAAAUGUCAAUAAAAUUUACAUCAGAAAGCGCAAUUUCGACAUGUUACGGGAUAAUUCCCACUGAGACUUCUUGUGAAACAGAGAUAUCAACUAGACGAAAAUGUACUGCUCAUGAACUCACCGAACAGAGCUAAUCCAUAUUGGGUUUUAAUCCUCCCAUUUCCUUGAGCUCGAAAUCAUUGAACAGAGUUAGGUUACUUGAUAGACUGUACAAUGCUCGAAAUGGAGAGAAUGCAAAGGAUAAGAGUGACAUCGGCUCUAUUUGCACAACAAAAUUUUAUUUUUAAGAAAAAAAUUAAAAUUCUUCUUUUAAAACUACUCAAUAAUUUAAAAAUUAUCCAUGAAGUGACAAGCAUUCAUAUUAGCACACUACUUCAAGCUCAUAGCGCUACAUUUCCUCGUAUUCGAAAAAAGCAAUCGCGAAAAUAUGAUCGAGAUGGCAGUUUUUGGGAGGCCGAAGUACCUUCGAUGAACGACAACGAUUUUAAAGACAAAUUUCGUCUAAAAAGAAAUGUUUUCCAAAAAGUUUGUGAAAAAGUUCGGUGUAUCGAAAAGGAAGACAGUAAUAUGAGAUCGUGCAUACCUCUUCAUAAAAGGGUGGCUAUAGCUCUGUUCGCUUUGGGAUCGGUAAAGGAAUACAACUCAGUCGCUGAAAUUUUCGGUGUUGGACGCACUACUGUUGGUGAAAUUGUUUUAGAUUUUUGUAAAGAAGUAUGCGAAAAAUUCGCAGACUGUUUUAAUUCAUAUCCACCAAGUCAACAAGAAAUUGAAAGAGUUGUUGACGGCUUUGCGCAGCUUGGUCUCCCACAAGUCUUUGGAGCUGUAGGUGGCUGUCAUAUAGAAAUUCGGCCGCCAAAGGAUGAUGAAGAAGGCUAUCGCAACAAAAAUGGUUGGAAUUCUGUGAUUUUGCUGGCAAGUUGUGACCACCUGUCGAAAUUUACCUAUGUAAAUAUUGGUUCAAAAGGUGGGAUCAGCGAAUCGGAUGUUUUUGAAAAUAGUACGUUAAAAAGAUUCCAUGAAAAUGAGGAUAUUUUUAAACAAAACAGCAAAAAUAUAGGCGACGUAAAUGUACCCAUUUUACUUAUAGCCGACUCAUCCUUUUGUCUUUCACGAUAUAUGAUGCAACCAUUUCCACAUUCACCGAAUCAAACAAAUAUUGAAAAGAAUUUCAAUAGCAAAUUUUCUAAAUGUCAUCGUAAAAUUGAAGAUGCCUUCGAUCAGCUCAAAGCUAGAUUCAGAAAGUUAACUAGGCGCAUACAAGUUGCACCGAAAAACGUGAAUACCAUACUUAAAGCGUGCUGUAUAUUGCACAACUUUUUAAAACUAGAAAACGAUGAAGUUUCUGCGGCUUGGAUACAAGAGUUAAGAGAGGAUAAAAACUUUAAAAUACAGCCCAAAUGCAUUUAUAUAGGUGAAAAAAAUGAUACGACCGCAAUCGCUUUGAGAUCAGCAAUAACUCUCAGUUUACAAGAAAUGGAUAUUAGUGUCUCAAGAAAUAAUAACGCCGAGUGAAAGUGAAAGUGUGAAAAAAAUGUUAAAAUCUAGCUAGUUUCUGUAUUGUAUAUACAUUAUAUAAAAAAUUA